CAACCUUAGAAGAAAUCAUGAACAUGGACCAAAGCAUGCCCUAUGACAAGUCUGCAAGGGGCAGAGUUGUGUUUGCAAGCAGUCCAGAGACAUAUACUAAUGCCAAUGGUGAGACAAAGCAGUCAAAGUCUGUUGCUAUAGCAGAUGACAAAAAAGCUGUGAAAGUUGUGUCGUAUGACCCAACCCAAUUCAACAAACUUAUUGAAGGUAAAACAAUAAUGUUGAGAAAUUUCAUCCGAAGGGAUGGGUAUAUCAUUCUAACCCGAACAUCUAGACUGUACCCAACACAAGAAAUUGAAGUCCCUGACAGCAGAGUACAAGAGGGUAAGGCUCUUGUCAAUCCGCCAGCGGCUCCUAUGGUUUCAUUGAGAGAAGCACUAAGGUCACCUCCAAAAACCAAAACAACUGUUUGCGGGAAAGUCAUUCAGGAUGAAGAAGAGCGCGACAUCCUGGUAGGAAAGUCGAAAAGUCCGACAAAGAUGAGAACAAUUUACAUACAGGAUGAAACGGUGGACAGAGUAAAAGUGGCUUUGUGGAGAAACACUAACAAAAACGUCAGAACUGGGGAUUUCGUCAAAAUCACUUAUUUGACAAUACACACUUACCAAACAAAGUACACAACUGAAACCAGCUUCAAUUCUACCUACACAACUUCAGUUACUAAAGUCGAACAACAAACUGUACAUGUGACAUUUACAGUAAUUGGUGCCCGUGUACAAGAUGACGUUACAGAACUUCUCCUCAGUGAUGACUCUGUGAGGGCAAUUCCUUCACAAUUAUUAAUGGCUGCCCUUCCACAAGAACUUGAAGAAGACUUGGAUCCAGAAUCUUUCUUUGCAGAGCAAAAAACAAACUUAAGGCUGCAAUUAAAAGGAUCGGAAGUACUUUCAGUGAAACUUAAGUAAACUGUUAUACAUAUACAUGACAUUAUUCAGCAUUCCUAGUUUACCUUGUUUUCCCUAGUGUUUUUUUAUAAAUCUCCUACUUUUUCAUACUUUUUACAAGCUCCUACUUCUCCUAGUUUUGCCCCCCUUCAAAGAAGGGGGAUAUUGCUUUGCACAUGUUAGUGUGUUGGUCUGUCCGUCCGUCCACCACAUGAUUGUCUGAUGAUAACUCAAGAAGGCUUAGGCCUAGGAUCAUGAAACUUCAUACGUACAUUGAUCAUGACUGGCAGAUGACCAACUAUUGAUUUUGAGGUCAAUGGUCACAGGUGAAGGUCAUAGUGACUGGAAAUAGGAAAAUGGUUUUUAAAUGAUAACUCUAGAAUGCUUACGCCUAGGAUCAUGAAACUUAAUAGGGACAUUGGUCAUGACCAGCAGAUGACCCCAACUGAUUUUCAGGUCAAUAGGUCAAAGGUCAAGGUCACAGUGACCUGAAACAGUAAAAUGGUUGAAUGGAAAUAGCAAAAUGGUUUCCAAAUGAUAACUCAAGAAAGCUUACGCCUGGGAUCAUGAAACUUCAUAGGGGCAUUGAUCAUACCUGGCAGAUGACUCUUAUUGAUUUUCAGGUCACUAAAUCAAAGGUCACAGUGAAACGAGACAGUAAAGUGGUUUACUGGAAAUAGGAAAAUGGUUUCCAGAUGAUAACUCAAGAAGGCUUACGCCUGGUAUCAUGAAACCAUCACCACCUCCACCACCACCUCAGUGACAAAAAUCGUAUUCACACAAUAGCUGCCAUUACAACUGACAGCCCAUAUGGGGGGCAUGCAUUUUUUAUAAACAGCACUUGUUCUUUUUCAAGUAACAAGUCUUAAAAACUUUUAAUGGGCAAAAAAAUAAUUUGAUUUUGUUAAUUUGAUGUCACCUGGAUAUGUAUACAUGUAUUCAUAGGGUUUUAAAUAUAGUUGUGUUUGCUGUAGGUAUAAUGGCAUUUAACAUACCUGAAAUUACGCAUAUAAUUGCUUGAUUUUGACAUUUGCAAAGAUUGCCAAUAUACAACAUGAAGAAGUGAUUAGGCAAAAUUAUUUUUACAAUAGUUGAGGCUGGACCCUACACAUUCAGUUUAAAUGGGUCUAGCCACUCAUUAGUUAUCAAUAAGAAAGCAGGGAGAUUUAAUAUUUAAGUUUCAUCUACAGAUCGUGUGAUUUAGCAUAUAUAGGUACAGGAAAAGACUCGACCUUGUAUAAAUGCAAAGGAUCUUUCAGUUAUAAAAUUAGAAGUUUUAAAGUUAAAAAAAAGCUUGAUCUUGUAAACAGAAAAUCAUUCAUUGAGUACACGACUUUCCAUUGAUUAAAUCUGGAACUCCUAACUUAAAUUCUUCUAAUUCAUCAUGUAUGCUACUGGUUUCUCUUAUAUGAUCCAUAAGAAUACUUGUAACAUAAUCAAUGACUUGGUGCAUAUUUGAGGAUGUUGAUUGCAAUCCACAGUCAAUAAAUUUGUUUGGUAGCAUGUUAUAUUUAAAACCUGACAUACAGUUGUCCAUUCUUAUAAAUGGUUAGUUUAUUCAUGUGAUCAGCAAGAAAAUUGACAUGAUCCAUUGUUGUAGUGCCGAAAAGUCCUUUUGAAAGUUUAUCUAUGAAAAGCAAAAGUGCACUUUUACUUCUAGAUUAGAUUAUGGUUGAUUAAAGAAUAAGACUCAAUACUCGAAAUUGUACACUUGUAUUUUGCUCCUGUUCAUUGUCUGAGGCUGUUUAUUCGAGUCAUCAUGUGAGAUAACAUGUGACACGAUUGAUUGUUCACUUAACAAGCUUGAAGUGCAGGCACAUCAAAUUAUUUUGUGUUCCCUUCAAUUAAAGCAUGAUGUCUAUUUAUUAAAAGGGUGUUAUUUUCAACUGCUAAUAUGUAAAGGUGAUUUUCCUGUAAAAGACUAUUUUUCGUCUUAACCAUUUGAAAAUUUAGGUGUGUUUGCCUUUGUUAUUUAGCCCUUUUACAUUUACAGUACAUAUGUUAAUACUCAUUCAAAAGACAGAGAAUUACAUGAUACUAUUCUUGUUCCAAACAUUUAAAAAUCAUUUUGUAGAACUAGAUUAUUAGUUAAUACUUCAUUAUGCAAAGUUAUAUUAAGCUUUGAUGUUUAAAACCAUCAACUUCCGUGUUCAACAAGUUGUUAAUGCAUUGUGUUCAUUAAAUUCAUCUCAGCACUAAAUACUUGUUCAUUUUUAUGCCCCCCUUCGAAGAAGAGGGGGUAUAUUGCUUUACUCAUGUCGGUCUGUCGGUCCGUCCACCAGGUGGUUGUCAGACGAUAACUCAAGAACGCUUGGGCCUAGGAUCAUGAAACUUCAUAGGUACAUUGAUCAUGACUCGCAGAUGACCCCUAUUGAUUUUGAGGUCACUAGGUCAAAGGUCAAGGUCACGGUGACCCGAAAUAGUAAAAUGGUUUUUGAAUGAUAACUCAAGAACGCAUAUGCCUAGGAUCAUGAAACUUCAUGGGUAGAUUGAUCAUGACUCGCAGAUGACCCCUAUUGAUUUUUAGGUCAAAGGUCAAGGUCACGGUGACCCGAAAUAGUAAAAUGGUUUCCAGAUGAUAACUCAAGAAUGCAUACGCCUAGGAUCAUGAAACUUCGUGGGUAGAUUGAUCAUGACUCGCAGAUGACCCCUAUUGAUUUUGAGGUCACUAGGUCAAAGGUCAAGGUCACGGUGACCCGAAAUAGUAAAAUGAUUUUCGGAUGAUAACUCAAGAACGCUUUUGCCUAGUUUUCGAUGUGUUGGUAACUCUGCCCUGCCUUCAUUUAGAUUGAUCUCGGUACAAUUUAUAAACAUUUCAUUAUCAUUAGCACUUUGCUUUUUGAGUGGUUACUCCUCCGUUGUUAUAUGAAUAAUUUAGUGAAAAUGUUAAAUGUGUUAAAAUAUUGUUCCAAAAUAUUUUAUAACACUCAAUAGUGAUGCCAUCAGAUUCCGGACUUUUGUUAUUUGUCAUUUCUUAACGAGCUUGUCAAUAUUCAUAUUCAGUUUGUAAUCCUUCACAUACUUGUUUUUCCACUUCCUUUAAAGCAUGAUGUGUUAUUUUAAAGAGGUUGUUAUUGUCGACAUUCUUUCGUUUAUAGUGUUUCGCAAAAUAGGCUUCUUCUAUUAUUUGACUUUUAUUUGUUAUGUCUUUGCCAUUAAAACUACUAGUCUGUGUAUAGUUUUGUGUUUGCUACUACGUUUUAAAAUGUUUGCACAGUA